UACACACUCCGGUUGAAAUUCAGAACGUCACCCAGAAGAUCAGACAACGAUUAAAUAAGUAAAUACUGCAUUUGGAUUACACACAGUAAAUAUAGUUCUUAAUAGGUGACAACAGGGAACCAUGAUGAAAUACUGCGGGGACCAGUUAAACAUUACAGACAUAUGGAUUGAUGAGGGCAUUAAUCAGUGUUUCUUGGAUACUGUGACCUCUGGUUUACUGUUUGUGUUCAUGUUGAUCUUUGGUUGUUUACAGUGUUCAAUGUUCAGAAAAUAUUCUACACCAAUAGAUACAAAUACCAAGAAAGGGACAUUAGGAUUCACAUUUCAGGUUUUGUUUUCAUUGAUAUUAGCUACAGAACCAGUAAUUCAUGCAGUUCUACAAGACACAGCCAUAUUUCCUCAGAAAGUUUAUGGCUACCAGAUACUAACAAUGAUAGCUUUGUUCUUAGCCUGGUGUGGUUCUAUUAGACUCUUGUUUCUGGAGAGGAACAAAGCCUUGCCCACCAUUCCAACAAGAGGACAUGGAUUAGUUCUACUGAUGUUGUGGACUCUUGCUCUUAUUAAGGAGCACCUCCCAUUGAUAUCAUGGUGGAGCAACAGAUACUGGUGGAAUAUCAAAGGUGAUUCCAACAAGAUAGAGUUUGGAUUAUGGGUGGUCAGAUAUGUUUGUACGAUAAGUGUAUUUAUAAUAGGACUUAAAGCACCUGGAUUACCCAGAAGUGUCCAUCAGUUAUUGGUCAAUGAUGAAGAUGCGGUUAGGGGUAACCAAGGCCAGGAAUCUACAUGGUCAAAUGUGUUUAAGAAAUUAAAGAUCAUGAUUCCUUAUGUGUGGCCAAAAGGAAGUUUAUGGCGACAGAGUUUAGUGGUCUUAUGUUUGAUAUCUCUGGGUAUCGGCAGAGCUGUCAAUGUUUUUGUUCCUAUUUAUAGCAAGUAUAUAGUUAACAGUUUAACAGUUGUGGUCCAGUCAUCUGAGGACAUUGCAGUGAAAAAAACUGGUCCAGAGUUUAGAUGGGACUAUAUUCUUAUCUAUUGUGGUCUGAAGUUUUUAUGUGGAUCUGCAACAUCAGGGUUUUUGACAAACAUGAGGUCAUUUUUUUGGAUACCAGUUCAGCAAUACACUACAAGAAGAAUAUCUGUGAAAUUGUUUAGUCACCUACACAAUUUGUCAUUAAGAUGGCAUCUAUCAAGGAAAACCGGAGAAGUAUUACGAGUGAUGGACAGAGGUACAACUAGUAUGAACAGCCUUCUAAGCUAUGUUUUGUUCAACAUUUUACCAACUAUAAUUGAUAUAACAAUUGCUGUGGUAUAUUUUAUAACUGCCUUCAACUACAUUUUUGGACUCCUUGUAUUUCUUUGUAUGGCCAUGUAUUUAGGUCUUACAAUAUGGAUAACAGAAUGGAGAACUAAGUAUCGCAGAGAAAUGAAUUUAAUGGACAAUCAAAUAAAUACAAAGGCUGUUGACUCCUUGCUCAACUUUGAAACGGUAAAAUAUUACGGAGCCUCAGAGUUUGAGACCAACAGAUACGAUGAUGCCAUACUGAAAUAUCAAAAAGCAGAAUGGAAAUCUAUGGCCACAUUAAACGUGUUAAACACUCUACAGAACCUCGUGAUAACAAUGUCUACAGUGGCAGGCUGUCUGCUGUGUGCCUGGGCCGUGGUCCAUAGUCUCAGUAACCUACACCUAACUGUUGGGGACUAUGUGUUGUUUGGUACUUAUCUCAUGCAAUUGUAUGGACCUUUAAAUUGGUUAGGAACCUAUUACAGAAUGAUACAACAGUCUUUCGUUGACAUGGAAAAUAUGUUUGAUCUUCUCGAUGAAAGCCAAGAGGUCACAGAUAUUAAAGAUGCAAGGGAUAUUGUUUUAAAAAAUGGAGAAAUACAGUUUAAAAAUGUCGACUUCUAUUAUGAUCCAAGUAAACAGAUUUUGAAGAGUAUAAAUUUUACUGUUCCUGCUGGUCAGACCUAUGCUCUGGUUGGACAUUCUGGGAGUGGUAAGAGUACAAUAAUUAGGUUGUUAUUCAGAUUUUAUGAUGUCACUGGUGGUCAAAUAAUAAUAGAUGGACAGGAUAUAUCCAAGGUGAAACAAGAAUCUUUACGACAACAGAUAGGUGUGGUACCACAAGAUACAGUUUUAUUUAACGAUGAUAUAAGAUACAAUAUACGAUAUUCAAAGUUUACAGCAACUGAUGAAGAAGUAGAUAAUGCAGCAGAUGUGGCUGAUAUACAUCAAAGGAUUCUUACGUUUCCUAAAAAAUAUGAAACUGUAGUUGGUGAAAGAGGAUUAAAAUUAAGUGGUGGAGAGAAACAAAGAGUAGCAAUAGCAAGAACAAUUUUAAAAUCUCCUGCUAUAGUAUUAAUGGAUGAGGCUACAUCAGCAUUAGAUACUAAAACUGAAAGAAAUAUACAGACAGCUUUAGAAAGAGUAUGUGAAAACAGGUCUACAAUUAUAGUAGCUCAUAGACUUUCUACAAUUAUACAUGCACAUAGAAUUCUAGUUUUACAGGAAGGAGAGAUUGUAGAACAAGGGAGUCAUGAAGAGUUACUGACAGCUAAUGGACUUUACAGUGAAAUGUGGUCAGAACAGCAGACUAAAAAGGAGGAUAUAGAUAAUUCAUCACUUAAUGGUACUGUUGAGAACAAGGAUAGUUGAUAAACCAUGCAUUGGAAUUAACAUUUAAUCUUGUGUUGUACAUGAAAUAUUGAGAAUUAUUUAUAUUACCAGGUAUCCUGAAAGGAAGAAAGAUUUUGUACAUUUUUUCCAGUCAUUUUCAACUUUCCUGUCAUUCCAUUAUGAUUCUUUUGUCUUUUUGUAAUGAAGGGUAUACAUAUAUUAUUAUGAUACCCCCCUCCCUCCCCAAUCCAAAACAGGGAGGAAUACAAAGAUUGUGCAUAUGUUGUUAUGUCAUGGGCAUAAAAUGACUGUAAGUUGUUAAGUGGUAAUGUUUUGUUGUAUGCAGUCAUCAAAGACUGUAUCUUAAAAAGACUUGUCUAUUAACUUCUUAUGUAUAAUCAUGUUUCAAAGGGAGUAUCUAGUUGCUGCAUUUAAAUUUGAAAAUGACUGUUUUGUAAUUAUUUCCCUUUGACAUUAUCCUUAGGGUAAAGAUUUUGGUCCACUAUAUUCAAUAUUGACUUGAGAAAUAUUUCUUAUACAAUUACAAAACCCAUUGGAAAUAUGCUUGUACAUUUGAUUAGUCCUCUGAUGCGUGAUACAUGUAACUAAAGUCUUCAUGUUUUUUUUGUUAUUUGAAGAAUUUGGUGCUGACUGGAAAUUUGAUAGUUUCACAAGUUUUUGAGACUUUUGGAAAUUUAGAGUAAGACCUAUUGUAUAGACACCUAUUUUAGAUUGCAUGUUCACUUCUAGAUAUCUUUUGGUUUUGUUAUUUGGUUGUUCUCUCAAUGGAGAAUAUUCAGCCCCGGUGUUGGUGGGGUUUGUGUUGCUCAGACAUAAGUUUUCUAUGUUGUGUUUUGUAUACUGUUGUUUGUCUUUUGGUCUUUUUGUCCCUAUGUAACGCGUUGCAGGGGACAUGGAAAUACCAUGUGUCCGUCCGUCCCGUCUUGUUAGCGCUCUCACAGGUACAAUUCUUGCAAGAUUUUUAAAAAACUUAUACUUUAUGUUAAUAUCAGCAAUAUCUCGAACAAGUUCUAUAAUGGUGGCCGAUUGACUUUUUUUUAAAAAGAGUAAUGCCCCUUGGAAAUAUUAAAUUUAUGGAAAAUGGCCUUGUUAGUGCUCUCACAGGUACAACUCUUGUCAGAUUUUUAUAAAACUUAUACUAUAGGUUAAUAUCAGCAAUAUCUCAGACAACUUUUAUAAUGGUGGACGAUCAACUUUUUUUUAAAAGAGUUAUGCUCCUUGGAAAUAUUAAAGGAGUAGGUCCGGUAAGGGCCGAUUUUGGCCUAAAAUUUCAGGUUCAUCUGAUGUAAGAUUUUGAACACUUUUUAAAGACUUAAGUGUCUAUUUUAGUAGAUUCAAUUAGUUUAUGUGAAAGAUUUGAACUGAUUAGGUCAUUCAAGACGCUCAAAUUCAAGCUGAAAUAUAAAAAAUCUAUCAAAUAUGCCAUAAUAUGUCACUUUUCAGGAGGUUUUUGUCAAAAAUGAAAGUGGCCACAUAUGUGUUCAUUCUUAAACUUUAUAUAUGUUAUGUAUUAUCAUCAAAUACAACUUACAUUUAAAUAUUAAGAAUGAACACAAAUGUGGCCACUUCCAUUUAAGACUGAAACCGUCUAAAAAUUAACUCAAAUGCUAAAAUUGUGAAGAUUUCAGUAAUUUAGCAUGACUUAAUGAUGCUAGUACCCGAUACAUGUGCAUUGUAUUGUCAAAAACAGUCCAUAUUUAUGUAACAGAAGUAUUCUACUUUCCAAUAAAUAGCUAAAAGUUUACAUUUUAUCAAUUUUGUAAAACUGCUAUAUUUUGGGGCCAAUAAGAGGUCUUACUGGACCUACUCCUUUAUGGAAAAUGGCCUUGUUAGUGCUCUCACAAGUACAAUUCUUGCCAGAUUUUUAUAAAACUUAUACUAUAGGUUAAUAUCAGCAAUAUCUCAGACAAGUUCUAUAAUGGUGGAUGGUCAACUUUUUUUAAAAGAGUUAUGCCCCAUGGAAAUAUAAAAUAUGUGCAACGUGGGGGAAAUUGGAACUCUGUUCUUUUAUUCUUUUUAUUUGCCUUGGCAUUGUCAGUUUAUUUUUGACAUAUGAGUUUGAAUGUCCCUUUGGUAUCUUUAGCCUGUCUUCCACAUCACCUAUUAUAUAUGUUUAUUUUGUAAAAAAGUACAUUUAUGAAUGUUGUUGUUACUUUCAGAUCUUUCAAAUUUUUAUAAUUAUAUUUCUACUAUACUGUGGAUUCUUUUAAUUUUGUGUGUACUACCUUUCGUGAAUUGAGUAAAAAUGUAUUUUUGUGGAUUUGCCAAAGUCUGCAUACAAGCCUAUACAAUAAUUCACACUUCGUUGAACAUUCAAAUUCAUGGUCUACCUAUCCCCACAAAAUUAACUAAAAUUGGUACCCGAUCACUAAUAAUGAAUCCACAGUAUCUGGUUAUUAUCUCCAUCCGUCCUUCAGUCUGUCUGGCCAUCCUCUGAAACUUUUGUUAUUCCCAGGAACCACAAACCAGAUCUUCCUGAAAUUUGGUGUCAAUCUUCAUGUGAGCAUACUUAACUGUACGAUGCAUGUCAAUCUUCAUGUGAGCAUACUUAACUGUGCGAUGCAUGUCAAUCUUCAUGUGAGCAUACUUAACUGUGUGAUACAUUUUAAGAUUCAUCACUCAACAAGUUC